AUGGACCAAAACGACGGAUUAAUCAACGGUGUAUCUGCAAACGAAGAUGGAGAGGCCGAGGCGAUACCGGACAUUUUCAAUGCCAGCUCCGUCGCUGACAUCAAAGCUACCCUGUCCGCUCUCCAGGACCGCGAAGCAUCCGUGACUGCACGCCUAGAAGCACUCGUGGCCUCCCAGAAGGACUUCUCCCGCGAAUUGGGCCGGCUCGACAUCCUUCGCGCUCGCAUCGGAUCCCAGGCAAGCAACACCCGUGCGAUUAGCCAUGGAAUGCUCUCGGAAACCGCCGCCACAGCUCACCGUAUCUCUAGCGCGGUCCAUCGGCUGGACCUGGAGCAAUCGCGGGUGAAGACGACACUGGAAAUGGUUGAGCAGGUGAUGGAGCUCAAGGCGUGCGUGCUUGGCGUGGCUGGAUCGAUGGGUGCCUCUCAGGACUGGGAAACGGCAGCUUCCUAUCUGAACCGGGCAUCAAGGAUCUCCCCUGAGAUCAUCAACGGGGCGUUCGCUGCGGAUAUUGUGCCGACUGCCGAAGUUCCUGAUCCUCCUGCUGUGACUUUGGAAAAUGCAGCGGAGUCACUGUGCGGGCUGUUUCUUCGCGAGUUUGAUCGUGCAGUGAAAGAGAACGAUGGCGCGAAAAUCACGCGCUUCUUCAAGUUGUUCCCUUUGAUUGACAGGUCAGCCGUCGGGUUGGAUGUUUACGGGAGAUAUGUGUGCCAAGGGGUUGCGAGUCGGGCACGAACAAAUUUAAACACUGGGACAGGCGGAGCCCAAAGCAAGGAGGGAUACUUCUAUGCCAGCGCCCUGACCAAGUUAUUUGAGCACAUCGCGCAGAUAGUUGAGAGCCAUGGCGGCUUAGUGGAGCGCCAUUAUGGCCCCGGGAACAUGUCUAGGGUGAUUGAGAGGCUGCAGGUCGAAGCCGACGUACAGGGUGGGAUUAUUCUAGAGACCUGGAGCGAUGAAUGGCAUGUUGACCGCAAACUCACUGACAUAAAAUCCUACGCAUUUACCUUUUUGGUACAAAGCUUUCUACCGAAUACUCGUGGUGGUCCUCAACGAACCAAUUCCCCUGGAACUAGGGAUGGUGCAUCGCAGAGGACUAGCGAGGAUGAGGGUGUUGAUAUGAAAGAAAUCGAUGGCAUUCUCAAUGAAAUGUCUCUUAUGUUGGGCAGGUGGUCACUCUACAGUCGUUUUCUGGCCGAUAAAUGCAGGGCCGUUGACUCGGAAGAGUUAGUGCUACCGAACUUCUUGCUUGAGUCUCCUCUCUGUCAAAAGGUUAAUGAACGGCUUGUUUCGCCAUUCAAUUUAAUGACCACUUUUUUCCUUCGUCGAUCGGUUGAAAAGGCAUUCCAGAUUGACGAACCGCCGUCCGAUUUAACACUGAACCUGCAACGGCCUCCAACAUCAAACCCGCCAUACAUAACAUCUGCUGUGGAUGAUAUCAUGUACAUUGUGAACAAAGUGCUCGAGCAAUCGCUUGCUACUGGCCACAAACCGAUCGUGAUGAAUGUUGUGCCUACCAUCGCACGAGUGUUGGGAUCGGAUUUCAUUGGGAUGAUACAGCGAAAAAUGCGAGAUGAGACUUACCCUAGACCCGUUGUUCCCGGCGGCCCACCUCCUGAAGCAGUCGUUGUCUCAUUUCUCGUUUUAAUCAACAAUCUGGAUGUUGCCAUCGAUUAUAUCAACCGGAUUCUCAAAAACUUUCUCGAGUCAGACGGUGCGAAUGGCGCCACUGGUGAACCGCAUAAUAGGGAUUCGGGGGGCAGGAUUCCACAUCUAUUUCCGCUCGACAAUGAUGCGGAGGCGGUGGCUGGAGCACUGCGCUCGCUUUCGUCGUCUUUUGAAUCAAAGGCCCAAGAUCUCAUUGGUGAUGGAAUUCAGGUUGUGUUUAAUAACGUCGUGAAAACGCGACUUCGACCUAUUCUGGCCGAUGCGUUCCGCGACUUUGAAUAUGAACCUCGCGGUGGCGAUGGCGACCAAGGUGGUGGAUUAGACGAUGAGGAGAUUGCAGCAAGCGAACUCGACAGUUCUGCCGGAGGAAGCGAGGUACGUCGUCGGUUCAUGACUUCCUGGCGGGAGCUCUUAGUACCAAUCUCGCGAAUUUUAACGGGGCGGGCAUUCGACCGACUGUUGGGCGUCACGAUCGCGUCGUUGGCCCGAUUACUGGAGAAGAGGAUCUGGUCGUAUCAUGGACGAGUGAAUGCGCUGGGAGCCACGCGCCUGGAACGCGACAUCACCGGCGUCAUCUCGGCGGCAGUGGACAUUGGAGAGAGCUACGUGAGUGCAGAUGGCGGAGGAGGAAGUCGAUAUCGCCAUCGCGAAGCUUUUGGGCGAUGCACGCAGAUUGUGAUGGUGAUGGGUCUUGAAGAGGAGGAGUGGGAUGAAAUCGAGAAGAGUGGCGGGGACAUGGUUGACAAGCUAUCAGCAGAGGAGCGAAGCAGGGCGAGGGCGAUGGUCGUAUAA